AUGACGGAGGAAGCUGCACUGGCUUUCCGGCAGGAGAUCCUCUUCCAGAUGGCUGUUCAUGCGGUUGAGAAGAAGGUAAACGAGAAUCUUCCCGGAAAUGUUCGGCAGGGAAAUGCCUCGGUGGUUGUUGCUGAUUUGGCGGUUUCAUUUCCGCUUGUAUAGAUGAACGAUUGUGGCGUUUUUGAAAUCCCACCAAAUUUCUCUUGACGUCACAUCUCCUGGAAGAGCGCCGUCAGAUGAUCCAUGGGUUGGGGGCAAUCGUGCUUGUAGAUCUCAGCAGGGAUCGCGAACGAUCAGGGCGCUUUCUGCUUGAGAGCUUAUGCACAGCCCUGAGUGUUUCGUGUAGAGAGGGCGGGAGUUCGAGCUAGACGUUGGCCUCCACCUCUUCCUCCUCUUCCUCCUCCUCCUCCUCCUCCUCCUCCUCCUCCUCCUCCUACGCCACCGCCCUAACGUCUGCCGCUGUGACGUCUGUCAUGCCCAUCAACACUACACACAAUCCUGACACACGAACAGACACUAACACCACCACCGUCAACACCGGUGAUGAGGACCUGGUCUAUGCCUGUCCUCAUUACGACUGCACCUUCACCUCACACAUCGGCCUGGUCGGUCACGUGCGAAUUUAUCGCACAGAGAUGGACGAACCAGUGCCUGGAGCACCAACCUACACCCGCCGCAUUCACCUCCAGUGCCCACAAUGUCCUCGGACAUUCAUGCACCGCAUAGGCCUAUUCAGCCACACGCGUGUCUACGAGGGCGGAAUUGAUCGCAAUCUCGACACAUCUAACACAUCCGGUACACCCACCAUGCCUAGCUCCGCCCACACUCUGCCGCCCUGCGCUCCCACCGCCACCAGCUCCAUCACACUCAAUACAUACCGCACAUCCAUCAUGCUCAGCUCAACCCAUACGCCAUCAUCCAGCUCGCCCACCAUCACCAGUUCCACCACCGCCAUCACCGUGGCUGCCACUGAUAGUACCGUCUUCUCGUGUCCACACUGUCUCCGCAUAUUCAUCUCAGACAUCGGCCUGGUCGGUCGCUUGCGUAUCCAUCGCACGGGGACUAACGACCCAGUGCCUGGAGCACCAAUCUACACUCGCCCCAUUCGGCUCCACUGUCCACAUCGCACUCGCACAUCCAUUCACCACAUGGGUCUAUUAGGCCACAUGAGCGUCUCCGAAAACCUGUGGUAG